CCCUUCGUCCCGACACUAACCAACCAACCCAUUGUGAUCCAAUCCAAUCAUCCCCAGCCAUGAAGGUCACCAUCAAGGAGUGGAACGCCGUCGCCACCUGGCGCUGGGAUAUGCCCGAUGAUGAGGUCUGUGGCAUUUGUCGGGUUCAGUUCGAUGGUACUUGUCCAACGUGUAAAUUCCCAGGUGAUGACUGCUCCCUAUUGCUGGGAAAGUGCGGGCAUUCAUUUCAUAUGCACUGCCUCAUGACCUGGAUUCAACAAGAAUCCUCCAAGGGACUUUGUCCCAUGUGCAGACAGAAAUUCGAGUGGAAGCAAAACGAUGACGAGGAAGAGGAGGAAUAGCCAACCUCAACUGUUUUCAACUUGACUGGGCUGCUCAAGGCGUUGGAGGUCCCUUACACAUGAUACCCUGCGCUUGUAUUCUCCUACUGCUAGCAUGAACGCAUUGUCCCUUCUGUCUAUAUAUCCUUAGCAACAAGGCAUUCAGGCAUCCUGUUUGUUUACCUCCGCAGAUCGGG